AAGUACUCUGUAACAGCAACAGUAAAGCCAUAGCAGAUUGCAAAGUGAUAGCAGCAGACAACAGUGAGCAACUGCUGUCUACACUGGUUGGGUUGGAAUUAGCUCCAGUUACUUCAAAUGUGCCUUGGGAAGCAGUUUUAAAUCUUUGUAUUAGGCAGUCUCGUUGCACUUUGCCUGCACGGAGGUCGGAAACCUUGCAGCAGGACCAUGUGGUGAAGCAGAACUGGGUCUGGACGUUGUGCACCACGCAAGUUCAGUGUGGAAGGCUCCUUCGACUAUCCCAGUCAGAGAAGGGAAAUAAAAGUCGAAGGAAGAAAAGAGGAAUCCUGUAUUCCUUUGCUGUAACUUGUUGGAGACCUCAACGUUGCUGCUACCGCAAGUGACUCUGUUGCUGCUUCUGCUCCUCGGCGUCUGCAGACAGCAAUUGUGCCUGCAUCUUGAGAUUUUUAUCUUCCACUAGUUUGAGAUGAAGUAUUUGCAGCAAGGGCUUGAUUGUCGUCACCUAUAACAGGAGAGAGAGAAAGACAGACUUGCAACCAGAGAAAUUGCUUCCUUCGGAAUCCCACCACCGAGUGAUUUACUUCUCUCAAGAGAAUUGUGCCCACUCAAUGAACAAAUUGCAGAGGGCGCAGCUCCACCACCGUAACUUGAAGUGUGGUGAUACUUUGCUUCCUUCCCCCCACACCUUUCUGUGUAGCAAACGAGCAAGUUAAAACGCAGCAUGCAGAUUGUUGUAGAAUUUAUUCGGACGGGGAUGCUGCCUUUUUGAAGCUGAUCUGGGAGAAAAAAAAGUGGGGCAGUCGGGGGAACCCUGGAGAACUGGUUUGGAAGAAAUGCUGACAUACCGUACAUUGUGCUAAAAUCUGCAAUGGUUCUGAGCUUGGGCACAAAAAAUGGAUUUCAGAUGCAUGCCAGGUUCCCACUGAAUGCCAGAAGUAGAGAUCCCUACAGAUGGAGCCCCAAAGUCAACAUGGCAGUGGCGGUUCAUUAGUUGUGAUCCAGCAGCCUUCCUUGGACAGCAGGCAAAGGUUGGACUAUGAAAGAGAAAUUCAGCCGACCUCUAUCUUGUCAUUGGACCAGAUCAAGGCCAUAAGGGGCAGCAAUGAGUAUACUGAAGGCCCAUCUGUGGUGAAAAAGUCUGGUCCACGAACAGCUCCAAGACAAGAAAAGCACGAAAGGACUCAUGAAAUCAUACCAAUUAAUGUGAAUAAUAAUUAUGAGCACAGACCCAGCCACUUGGGACCCGUGGCACACCAACAUAACGUAAGGGCUCCUGUGUUGAGCAGAUCGACUAGCACUGGAAGUGCGGCUAGUUCUGGAAGCAACAGCAGUGCUUCUUCAGAGCAGGGGUUGUUGGGAAGAUCGCCCCUGUCUAGGCCAGGUUCAAGCCACAGAUCUGAAAGGACAAUCCGGACGCAGCCCAAGCAGUCAUCUUUGAUGGUAGAUGAUCUGAAGGGUCCCUUGAAAGAGGACUUGACGCAGCACAAGUUUAUCUGUGAACAGUGUGGGAAGUGCAAAUGUGGUGAGUGCACAGACCCGAGGGCCUUACCUUCUUGUUUGGCCUGCAACAGGAAGUGCUUGUGCUCUGCAGAGAGCAUGGUGGAGUACAGUACCUGCAUGUGCCUGAUCAAAGGGAUCUUCUACCACUGUUCCAAUGAUGAUGAAGGGGACUCGUAUGCGGAUAAUCCCUGCUCUUGUUCCCAGGCACAUUGCUGUUCUAGGUACCUGUGCAUGGGAGCAAUGUCCUUGUUUUUGCCUUGCUUGCUCUGCUAUCCUCCUGCUAAGGGAUGCCUGAAGCUGUGUCGAGGGUGUUAUGACCGGAUCAAUCGUCCUGGUUGCCGAUGUAAGAACUCCAACACUGUCUAUUGUAAACUGGAGAGCUGCCCGUCUCGGAGUCAGGGGAAGCCCUCAUAAUUUUGGAGGGAGAUUUCACUUCUUCAAACACUUGCUUUCAGGUUGUGGCUAAUUUUCUGUUUGUGUGGGGUUUACCCCUGCCCUCAUUCCCUGCCUUCUCCACUUUACGUACCCAAGUUUUUUCCUUUGCACCCUCCAUAUCCCCUCUCUCAACUCAGAUAGGUGUGGAGUAUUUUACUCAGUCAUGUUUAUUUCAGUCUUUGGUAAGCAUGGACUGUGUGCCUGCAUUUGGCACCUCAGCUUGACAGGGCCUCUUAGGUUUGUAAGUAAUCCACACAUGAAAGAGACAGUGAGGGCUAAUGGGCUUUUCUGCAGCCUCUUGCUCUGCAAACAACUUCCCCAAUGUGUCCUUUUGUUCUCUGCAACUCUCUCUCUUUUUGGUUCCAAGAAAUAAUUCUACCUUAUUUCAUGAGCAAGCUGGAUUAAUCUUGAGGGGGUUGGAACCGUAGAAAAUAUAAGGCUGGCUUUUACUCCAUAGUGCAAAGAACCUGCUUUUCCCUCUGUUCCCCAUCCCUUCUUGGAAUUGUCUCAGUCUAGAGACUUGCCUGGCUGGUACAUUUUUCUUUCUUUCUUUCUUUCUUUCUUUCUUUUAAAUGUAGUUUUGGUUUUUGCUUCACUAUAUAGAUCUUCACAUUGGAGACAUUAUGACUGCAAUUCGUUCAUCUGUUUCUCUUGCUUUCAAAUCUGUGAAGGACAUCACCCACUCCACCCCUUUUCCCCAUGUUUCUGUGGUCACUGAGAUCCUGUUGAUACUGAUGUUAAAGUUGGCGGUGUUUGCAUAUCUGAAUAAUCUUCAGGUGUCAUUGAAUUAAGUUACCUACAUGUUCCUGGAUCUUUAACACUUCUCUUAUUCCCUUGGUUAGUGAAUUUAGCUCUGCCUUGUGCUUCAUAACUUUAAUCUAUUCCAUGUUUUAUUGCCUUAGCCACAAAUUGUGGUCUUUUUUUUGUAUAUUUUAUGUAUAAAACACAAAGUUGAAUCCCGACUAUUUUUAAGACAAAAGUCUGUUUAAAACUUUUUUUAUUGUAAAGAAUAUUUAUUAUGUGAAUCUCUAUUAUUUUAUGAUAUUUAUUACAAAGGACUGUUUGAAAAAUGUACUCAUGUCUGAAUAUAACAAAAUAUCAAUACUUAACAAAAAUAAGGGUGACACAAAGAAAGUACGUAUGUUAACUAUAAUGCAGAAAAUAUAUUAAUUAAUGAAAA